AUUCGUGAAGGUUGCAAGGAUCUUGUAUCCCCGUAUACGGAUUACGCUAUUCUGAGACAAUGGCGGGGCUGGAUAUACACGUGCUACGCGCCUCUCCAAGUGACGCGCCUAGACUGGCACUUGCUCACUCCACUCACUCGUAUCCUGCUCCUGGACCUUCCACUGUCAGUCAAAUUCAUUGGACCUCCACAUAUUCUCUGCUAUUUAUAAUCUGUAGCUAUACCACCAUCGCAUUACUACUUUCUCUCCCUCUCCCCAUCAUUCCUCAAUGUCUCCCGUACUAAACGAGUCGCCCAGUGUGGCACCUAUAUCUCAGCAUAUUACUGCACCAAACACUGACGCCUCUUUUCCACAACACCUCUCGUUCAAAUGCGCCGUGACUGAUUCCAAGGGACCUCGAAGGUUUAUGGAAGAUGCCCACUCUAUUGUCGUUCCUUAUGCAGGCGUACGAGGCCAAGGGUUCUUCGCAAUCUUUGACGGGCAUGCCGGAAAGCAGGCUGCGGAGUGGUGUGGACAAAACUUCUCCCUGUUUCUACUGAACGCUUUGCGAGACCAUGCGGACUCUGCAAUCCCGGACAUACUCAAUCAGGCCUUUCAUAAUGUCGACUUAAUGUUGUCCCAUAUGACUGAGCAAUCAGACGGAAAGAUGCACUCCGGGUGUACUGCUGUGACCGCAUUCUUGCGACUUGAAGAUGCAGAUGGAAGACAGUCUUUCCUACCGCCCGAUUUCACCCUUCCCUCGUCCCCCGCAGAUGUCGACGCUGACGACUCUGACGGUGUCGCAGAAACAACGCAACGAAGCAAGAGGAGGAGCAAUAGGGAUAAGCUUCGGGAUGCCUUGAAACACAUUGGAGCCUCUCCCCGCUCAUCGAGUUCAGAAGUGGCGAGUAGCUCGCCACCGCGAGAUUCGCUACUUGAUUUCGAGCAGAUAUUCACUCCAAAUUCAUCAACUGACGUACGUAGGGUGUUGUAUUGCGCCAAUGCAGGCGAUGCACGUGCAGUCUUGUGUAGGGCAGGUAAGGCUGUCAGGUUGACGUAUGAUCACAAGGGAUCAGACAAGCAGGAGGCGAAACGGAUCAUGGAUGCUGGUGGAUUCGUGAUGGGUGGUCGUGUCAAUGGAGUGCUUGCUGUCACUCGGAGCUUGGGCGACUCGUCUAUGAAGGAGUUUGUCGUUGGCGCUCCAUAUACCACUGAAACGGAGUUGACCGAGGAAGAUGAAUUCCUCAUCCUGGCAUGCGACGGGCUGUGGGAUGUUGUUGAGGAUCAGGCUGCCGUACAACUUGUACGAGACACUGCCGAUCCAAGGAAGGCCGCGGAAGACCUUCUUGACCACGCUUAUCGCAAGUACUCGACAGACAAUGUUACAGUCCUCGUUAUUAGGUUCAGGAAUCCCCCAGAGCCGUUGAAGAAGUAGUGCAAACAUCGGUCUCGACUCAUUUCUCAUGCAUCUCUCAUCGUCUUCUCCUUGCUACCAUGAUCAGUUCCUUCUUCUUGGCGCAUAUGAUACCUGCGAAUAUGUAAUUGUGUGGUUCUGUAUUCCGGCCGUUCAGCAUCUACGUUUCCUCAUUCUCAAAAUCUCAUACCGAGUUGUAUCCAUGACGAACUGCAAUAGACAAGACACUCUUGCCUUGGCCCUGCCGUAGACAUUUUAUUCGAUCCUAAUAGUGCCGCUUAUCUAUUUGCGCAGCUUUGGGUGGGUAGCCGUGAUGUUGAAAUGUCAAUAA